UUUACGAUCACACUGCAUUUAUGCUAUAAAGUUGUUGUUUUUGUCUCUGUCAGUAAACUUAAGGGGCGAGAGUGGAGCGGUUCGAGGGGCCAGCGUGAUUCGAUUCGAUUCCGGACAUCAACAGGUGCGGCGCCGGAAAUGGGAGAAGUCAAGGAUUGGCGGCCUUUCGUUUACGGCGGAGUUGCCUCAAUUACGGCGGAAUUUGGCACCUUUCCCAUCGACACUACGAAGACGCGCCUCCAAGUCCAAGGUCAGAAAAUCGACCAAACGUUCUCCCAGCUGCGAUAUCGCGGUAUGACCGAUGCCUUUGUGAAAAUCUCCCGCGAGGAGGGUCUGAGGGCCCUGUAUUCCGGCAUUUGGCCAGCGGUGUUAAGGCAGGCGACAUAUGGCACCAUUAAGUUCGGAACCUACUACACCCUGAAGAAGCUGGCCAACGAACGUGGAUUGCUGACGAACGAGGACGGCAGCGAGCGGGUAUGGAGCAACAUUCUGUGCGCGGCGGCAGCAGGAGCCAUCUCCUCGGCGAUCGCCAAUCCCACUGACGUUCUGAAGGUACGGAUGCAGGUGCACGGAAGGGGGCAGCACAAGGGCCUGUUUGGCUGCUUCGGCGAGAUAUACAAAUACGAAGGCGUUCGGGGACUCUGGCGGGGAGUGGGUCCGACUGCUCAGCGCGCCGUGGUUAUCGCCUCCGUAGAGCUGCCUGUAUACGACUUUUGCAAGCUGCAGUUGAUGAACGCCUUCGGAGAUCACGUUGCGAAUCAUUUCAUCUCGAGCUUUAUUGCCAGCUUGGGCAGUGCCAUUGCUUCAACCCCCAUUGAUGUUAUCCGGACCCGCCUGAUGAACCAGCGACACGUGAGCAUAACUAUGAACGGUGUGGUCACGGCGGCAGCCACACCAAAGCUGUAUAGCGGGAGCCUUGACUGCGCCGUGCAGACAAUCAGGAACGAAGGCCUCCCCGCCCUGUACAAAGGAUUCAUUCCCACCUGGGUGAGGAUGGGUCCAUGGAAUAUCAUCUUUUUUAUCACCUACGAACAACUCAAGAAGUACUAGUGCAGGCGAGAGGAACCUCCAGGGAAUCCAAGUACAAGACGUAUUCUAGCAUUCAAACCAAAAAGAUCAGAUCUGACCAGACCUGGCUUAACUUUAAGGUCGUUGUUGUUACGGAGGGCUCACUAAAGUGCCUGUCUCUCAGGCUAUUUGAUAGCCUCCAGCACCUGAUCCAGUGUCAUUUUGCCUUGGGCAAGAGUGAAAACGAUUAGUCGCAUUUUAAAUGUUGGCCCACUCAAGUAUUUGCAUUUUUGGAGAACUUUUUCACCAAAUCAUAUAAGUGGUUGCUCUGACUUGGUCGUUUCGAAUUCGAUUGCCCAUCAGGCCACCCACGAAGUACACUGUAUUUACCUUAACUAAGCUUCUAAUUUAAUUACCUACUUAAUGAACAUGAAAAUAUUUAUAAUGUGAAUUUGUAUUAUAAGCGCAUUUUGUUGGUCGAAAUUAAGACCUCCUCGAUCGUAUUACACGUUCAUCAUCGCUGUAAAUAUAUGCAUUUAGUAACAAGUAA